AUGGUUGAAGCGAAAUGGUCCCCAAAGCAAGAUUCCACCUCCAACCAGCAGCCAUCACUGGGGCUCAGGAAUGUUGGAUCAAGCGCCCUGAGCACCAACGUUGAAAAAAUGAGACGAGCAAAGAUUAACCUUACCGACCUCAGCCCGCUGGUAAUGGAAACUUAUGAUCCACGCCCAGUUACCGCCUACCAGCUCUUGUUUCUAGCCGUUCGGGGUAGCCCGCAGAUCCAAGAACUUCUUUCCCUUCUUUGCAACAAGGUCUUACGAUCAGUGGAAGGCAACGGCAACAUGACGAAGGUACUUGUCACUUUACAGAACCCAUUUUUGGCAUUCUACACCGAGCAAGUUUUGAAACUUCUCAGAGUUCCUACCGCCGUUCGGUAUGGUAACAUGGACCCGGAGACAGAUAUCGAAGUAAUCCGAAGCUUCCGUUCCCAGGAGCCAGGUUCAGUACAAGUGCUGUUACAGCCUUACACCUGCGGAAGAGAAGGGAUAAACUUGGACGGGCCUUGCCAAUUUGUGUUCGUUAUGGAGCCAGCCUACAGCGGUCCAAUUGAAGACCAGACCACCGCGAGAGUUCAUAGGACAAGUACCGAGCACUCGAUAACAGUCAUUCGGUGCUUUACCACGAACUCUUUCCAUGAGUACAAGCUCUACAAGCACUCUCGAGAUCCAGCUACACAGGAUCAAUCUCGAAAGCCUAUCCCGAGCGGACCUCGAUAG